UUUGUGUAGCAGGGUAGAGAAGCCCAAAUACAAUUAGCUACCAUGGCCGACGAAAAGCCCAAGGAGGGAGUGAAAACGGAAAAUAAUGAACAUAUCAAUCUCAAAGUGGCUGGACAGGAUGGCUCAGUAGUGCAGUUCAAAAUCAAGAGACACACACCACUCAGUAAACUGAUGAAGGCAUACUGUGAAAGACAGGGUCUGACUAUGAGGCAAAUUCGAUUCCGGUUUGAUGGACAGCCCAUAAAUGAGACAGACACGCCUUCACAGCUGGAAAUGGAGGAUGAAGACACAAUUGAUGUUUUUCAGCAACAGACUGGAGGCCUCUUCUAAAAGGGUGAAGAAUGUUCCUCUUCUCCACCCUUCCAACUUAUACAGCUGCACCUCCUCACUUUUCCCAAUAUCAUGUUCGAGCUGAAUCCGUUCUAAAGUAGACCAUCUCACAGUUUAAUGGAUCUGCUGUUAUACAUUGGGGCUCUGUUUGUUUCAUUUAGAUUUUUUUCUUUUUGUACAUAUAUUAAUUUUGCAAGGCCAAUGCUACAUCUGAAAAUGUUUAAGUGUAUCGCUGCAUAAUGUUCCAAGCUCACUAUCCUGGCACAGUUGGCUUUUACUAGAGGUUAGGUUUCAGAUAUGUUGGUGUUUUGUGCUGUGAGGAGACUAAGGAGUCCAAUAGGAAGUAAGUAAACUUGGGUUUCUCUGUUGUGUCCAUGCAUCGCUAGUGUUCCUAUACUUUAGUCACAUGUUAGCCACAUUGCUAUCUCAUUGGAUUUUUGGUAGCCAUAUCCAGCCUUAUCUAUUAUAAACUAUACUAACAGGUUUUAAGUAAACAUGAGCUUAACUUUAAGUAAGGUUCCUGAUUCCUUUGUCCAAAGCUGCACAUCACACAAUAUACAUUAUUACUACAUUAUUAUCUCUCAUACUCUUAAUUCAACUCAUCGCCAUGGUAUUAGCUUGCAAUUAUUUUAUAACUGAGGUGGAGAUGGCUGGUGCUAUACAAACCAAAUCCUUUGGCUGACAAAUUAGGUUAGUUCUAAAGCCAUUUGCAAUAAAUUUGUGACAUAUGCACUAUCCUGUUACCGUGAACCAAAUCUGUAUAUGUGUACGGAAUUCUGCACUGUACCUAAAUAGAUAUUAGAAUAAGGUUAAGAUGGACAUGCAUACAAAUACAAAAUUGCAUCUUAUCUAAUUAGGGUUAGAUAAAUUAAAUGAGAUGCAAUGGAAAAGCAGGGUAGCGGACAGGAGGGCGCUUGACGAGGUAUGGACACAAAUAAAUCAUUGCUUCCAUUGGACAAGAAUAUAUGAACAAAUAUCUCCAUUUAUACAUGUAUAUGAUUGGAACUGUAAAACCCUAACUUUUGUUCAUAACCAUACGUGUAUUUUGUUUUGGUGGAAUGGUGAGUUGAGAAUGAGUGGCACCCCAAACAAAAAAGAUUUAUAUACCAGCACACCAGUAUUUACAUGACAUGAUAUCAUGAUAUGGAGAGAGAACAACACAACCUUUAUUUUGAACGCUUGUACAGUCAUUUGUUUGAUUUGCUUCCUGACAGUCUUCAGGUCAUGAUUAGCCUUACAGUGAAUUUCAGAAAGUUGCGUACCACUUUAGAAGCCAUAAGCCGUUUUGAUUAUGACCGGCAGGGGUUAGACCGCUUGCCUCAUUCCCUGAAAUUAGAGUGGCUCCUCACCCAACUUUUCUGUUAUGUUUCAUAAGAUUUUAUAUCUUUAUAUUAUAAUUACAAAUAUAUACAGUAUAUAGUAGCAGUCAUGGAUAGUAUGGAACUGGUUGGAUUAGGAUGGAAACAAAAUAAGGAUGAACCCUGAAGGAUGUUUAAUUCAAGAUGAGUAUCUGUAUUGUUGAAUACAUUUCUUGUUUAAAUAAAGUUGUUCAUUUUUUAAA